AUGCCUUCGAUUGCCGGGUUCAUCCAGAGCCUCCUGUCGGAAGACAUGUACGCUACAGGGAUGCUGGAAAAGAUGGAUGAAAGGAUAUCGCAACUGAAUGCUGGUCAGCUUCGACUCCUCGUCAGCUACGUCGAGAAGAAGGUUCCUGGGCUGACAAACCCCACUGUGCUAGACGCCUACACCAAGCUCCUCCGGAAGGCCACCGCCGAACGCGAGAAACGCCACGAAGAAGAGGUACACGGGGAGAGGGAGAGACUAAAGCAACUGAAGGCUGCCCACGCCGGUGUCAACGCAAAAGCUUGGGACACGUCGCACGCUAGCCUUGACAAAGAGUUGGCGAAGUUCCAGAAGUUUCUCAAGUCUAAGGCGCGUCGCAUCGCCGAGGAACAGGUGUUGCAGGAAGAGAUGGAGAAGCUACACAACCAGCUGAUGGCCCUUCCCGCGCGCCGAGCAGCAGCAGAGACCAAGAGACACGCGUGGUGGGCGUGCGGCGCCGUCCUUUUCGCCGUCGUCGGCCCCAUCUUGAUCCUGACCCUCGUGCCCGUCGGGGUCUUGAUCGCCGUGGGAGCGUUCCUCGCGACGUGCGUGCUCGCCGCGGUGUGCUGGUUCGUCGGCGUCUUGAGCGGCAUCGUGGUGACCCCGGCGUUGGAUGACGACGCCAUCGAGGACAAGACCAGGAAGAGGGCCAAAGAAACACUCAAGGGGUACCGGGCGGAGGUACGGCGGACGUUUGAGGCCACCGAGGAGAUCUUUGCGGCGGAAAUGAAGUGGCGAGACGACUGGGCGGAGGCGCGGAAAAAAGAGCGCAGGAACGAGAGACGACAGGCCAACGAAAAGGCGCCCAAGGAGAAGGAGGCAGCGGCGGCAGCAGCAGCCGAAUCAAGAGCUCAAGGGGAUGGUCGGCCCUUUAGCACCGGGGACGCGCGAAUAUUCCCGGAAGAAGAAGAGGAGCAAGGGGUUAACAGCGAUAGGUGUAGCAGCGUCGGGCGAACGGGUCCCGAGGCAGAAGAGAAAACCAGCGGUCGGGAACCUCCCGACGAAGAGGGCGGGGGGGACAAAGGACAUGGUUCUCCCGGUGCCGGACGGCGGCGUCCUAGCGAGAAGAAAGUGGUGGAUGCGGGGGCUGACGGCGCCGGCCUCACCCCGAGCUGCUCUCGGGGCGUUGUUGAAGAUCUUGCGCUUUUGACGCCGCCCAGGAAUAAGACCGACAGCAUUAGUCGUCCUGAAAACGUUAACCUGGACGAACCAGACGCUCGUGGAGGCUCGGUGGGGGGUUCUGACACAGCCCCAGUGCCGGUCGAAGGGGGGCUUGCUGGAGAAACUAGCCGCGAAUCGAGUGCUUCCAAAAGGCCGCCGGGCGACGGGGAUAGUGGAGGGUCCGUGGAAGAAGAGGCAUCGUCAGGAGGAGAGGCGAGUAGAGACGGGCUGCUGCGGGGUCCGUGCCAAGGGUCCUCCUGUCUUUUGGAAAAGCGGAACCAGGGGUUGGAGGAGGUGGAGGAGGAGGAGGAGCAGCAGCAGCAGCAGCACAACCAGGUGGCAUUACCCACGGCGGGAUUUCCGAGCGCAACAAGCGGCGGAGCGUUGAGCGGCGGGGUGGUGCAGGAGACGGGGUUGCCGUCCUUGGGAGGGGACGCGGCGGCGGCAAACGGGGAUGGGACGGGGGGGGUGAACAGGAUGGCUCUGAGUGCGGACGAUGAAGGAAAGGGCGACAUGGCUGUGUAA